AUGUCUACCAUUGCGAAUAUUGCCGCUGAUGCUCUCGUAGAUGUCGUCGCCGUGGAAGCAACAAUCGAAUCUCUUAUUGGAGCUGUCGUCGGAAUCAACAUUCCGGAGCAACAGCAACAACAAGGAUCAACCCGCCGCAACGAAACCCAGGAAAAUAACGAAAAUGUCGAAGAAAUCGAAGAAAUCGAAGGAGUCGUCGAAGACGAAAAAACCAACAACAAACAAGCCGAAAGAAACUAA